UGAUCACCAAAGCAGGAAUAAACCUCAUCCUGUUGUAAUAGGGGUUUGAUUUUUUCUUAUUCUUUAAAAUAAUCUUCUGCUUGAAUGGAACUUCUCUGUGUAAAAGUGAAAAAAGGACGGUUGAAUGGCACUGCUGACACAUUUAAUACCUAUGUUGUUCUAAAAAUCCAAAAUCUAAAAAGCACCACAAUAAACAGAAAAGGAAGUGAACCUUGCUGGGAACAAGACUUUAUGUUUGAAAUCAGUGAUGUUGAAAAGGGCUUCAUGGUGGAGCUGUGGAAUAAAGGCUUGAUAUGGGACAAACUUUUAGGUACUUUAUGGAUUCCCCUAACAACUGUGGAAUAUGCAACAGAUGAAGGUUCGGGUGCAUGGUGGAUACUACAUUCUGAAGUCAUAAAAAAUGGAAAUGAAAUCUGUGGCACAAAAACACCAACUCGACAUGAGAUUUUACUGGAUGUCUACUUUGCAAUACUGAAUGAUUUGGAUCUCAGAAGCCAUUACAGGAGGGCUUCUCUCCAAGGUGCAUGUCAUUCACCUCUGGACACAUGCAGCAGCCUGUCACCCAUGAAAAGUGCUCUCAGCAUGCAAGAAAAAGAACUAAGAUACCACAAGGUGAUCUGUUUGAUGACGCAGUGGGAUUCAAGAUUGAUUAGAAGCUGACACCUUACUGGACAGCCCAAAUAGCUUGCUGUUGUCUUAUUGACACCUACAUGUGUUUUUGAGCUUCCAAUCCCCCCUGCUAGUCUUGGGUCCUGCCAAUCUGUCCGCUCUAAUUAUGCGUCCUUCUGCAUUAUAUAACUGGGACUGGUGAGAGAUUGAAUAUAAUACAGCAGCAUUGAAAAGAUAAUGCGGCUUAAGUUAGGAUUGCCCAGUUAUCAAGAUUGACUGUGGCACUCUCCACAUCCAACAGACAAGCUUGGAAGUUAUAUUGUGCUUGUAAAAUUUUGUGAUUUGCUUAUUUCCUAUCUGUGACAAACAAAAUAAAUAAGAAGCAGUCUUUGUUGU